AUGGAACCACAGAAUCUUACUGGUGUGACAGAAUUCUUCCUCAUGGGACUCUCAGAUGACCCGGAACUACAGCCCCUUCUCUUUGGGCUGUUCCUGUCCAUGUACCUGGUCACCGUGCUCGGGAAUCUGCUCCUCAUUCUGGCUGUCAGCUCUGACCCCCACCUCCACACACCCAUGUACUUCUUCCUCUCCAACCUGUCCUUGGCUGACAUUGGUUUUAGCACCACUACAAUCCCCAAGAUGCUGGUGAACAUUCAGACACACAGUAAAUCCAUCACCUAUGCAGGCUGCCUAGCUCAGAUGUCCUUUUUUUUCCUAUUUGGAUGUUUGGACAGUGUACUCCUGGCCAUGAUGGCAUAUGACCGAUUUGUGGCCAUUUGUCACCCCCUGCGCUACCCAGUCAUCAUGAAUCCAUGCCUCUGUGGCGUUUUGGUCCUGGUGUCGUUUUUCAGCAGCCUUUUGGACUCUCAGAUUCACCUUUUGAUGGUGUCACAACUUACCUUCUGCACAAAUGUGGAAAUUCAUUUCUUUUGUGAUGCACCUCAACUUCUCCACCUUGCCUGUUCUGAUACCUCCAUCCACACCAUACUAAUAUAUUUCAUGGGGGCCAUUUUGGGUGGCAUGCCACUCUCAGGGAUCCUUUGCUCUUAUACUCGAAUUGUCUCCUCCAUUCUGAGAGUCCCAUCAACAGGUGGGAAGUACAAAGCCUUCUCUACCUGUGGCUCUCAUCUGUCAGUUAUUUGUUUGUUUUAUGGAACAGGUCUUGGGGUGUAUUUCAGUUCAUCUGUCCCCCCCUCCCCUAGGAAGAGUGCAGUGGCCUCCGUGAUGUACACUGUGGUCACCCCAAUGCUGAACCCCUUCAUCUACAGCCUGAGAAACAAGGACAUCAAGAGAGCACUUCUGCUUCUCAAGAAACUCAAUGUGGGACUGAUUUUUACUAAUAAAAUUUCAUUGACUGGUUUCUGGACCAGCACCAUUAGCUUUACCAGGGAACUUACAAAUGUGAAUUUUCAUACCCUCUCCAGAUCAGCUAAAUCAGAACCCCUGCAACUGGAACUCAGCCAUCUGUAUUUGAACAAGCCCACCAGGUGA